GCCUAGGGGCGCGCGCAGGGCCUGGGCGGCGGGGUGGGCUCGCACGAGAGCGAGGAGCAGCGGCUUCCUCCGCCCCCAGCCAAUCGCCGGGCCUGACUUCCUGGAGGGCUCGCCUACGCACCGCGUAGCUCGGGCGCUCGGGGAGUGCGAGGAGGUGGGCGCAGUCGCUGUCGCCAUGAGACUCCGGAAAGCUUGCCUGCUGCUGCUGCUCCUGGCGCUGGCGCAGCUGCUGGCCUCGGCGAGCGCCGGCGGGGCGAACGAAGAUUCUUCUGAAAAGGAAAGUGCCAUUGAGGAGGAAGAUGAGGAAGAGGAAGAGGACGAGGAGGAGGAAGACUUGGAAGUUAAGGAGGAAGAUGGUGUCUUGGUCCUAAAUGAUGCCAACUUUGAUAGCUUUGUGGCUGACAAGGACACGGUGCUGCUGGAGUUCUAUGCUCCGUGGUGUGGACAUUGCAAGCAGUUUGCUCCAGAAUAUGAGAAAAUCGCCAGCACACUAAAAGAUAACGACCCCUCAAUUCCUGUGGCUAAGAUAGAUGCCACCUCGGCGUCCAUGCUGGCCAGCAGGUUUGACGUGAGCGGCUAUCCCACCAUCAAGAUCCUGAAGAAGGGCCAGGCCGUCGACUACGAGGGCUCCAGGACCCAGGAAGAAAUUGUUGCCAAGGUCAGAGAAGUCUCCCAGCCCAACUGGACGCCUCCACCUGAAGUCACGCUGGUGUUGACCAAAGAGAACUUUGAUGAAGUUGUGAGUGAUGCUGACAUCAUCCUGGUGGAAUUUUAUGCCCCAUGGUGUGGACACUGCAAAAAGCUAGCACCCGAGUACGAGAAGGCUGCCAAGGAGCUGAGCAAGCGCUCUCCCCCGAUCCCUCUGGCCAAGGUCGAUGCCACUGCGGAGACGGACCUGGCCAAGCGAUUCGACGUCUCUGGCUACCCCACCUUGAAAAUCUUCCGAAAGGGAAGGCCUUUUGACUACAAUGGCCCACGGGAGAAAUAUGGCAUUGUGGACUACAUGAUCGAGCAGUCGGGGCCUCCCUCCAAGGAGAUUCAGAGCCUGAAGCAGGUCCAGGAGUUCCUGAAGGACGGGGAUGAUGUUGUCAUCAUUGGGGUCUUCCAGGGGGACAGUGACCCUGCCUACCAGCAGUAUCAGGAUGCGGCUAACAACCUGAGAGAAGAUUACAAAUUUCACCACACUUUCAGCAAUGAAAUCGCUAAGUUCCUGAAGGUGUUCCCAGGGAAGCUGGUUGUCAUGCAGCCUGAGAAGUUCCAGUCCAAGUAUGAGCCCCGGAGCCACGUGCUGAGUGUUGAGGGUUCCACUGAGGCAUCAGUCAUCAAGGACCACGUGGUGAAGCACGCCUUGCCUUUGGUCGGCCACCGCAAGACCUCCAACGAUGCCAAGCGCUAUGCCAAGCGCCCCCUGGUGGUCGUCUACUACACCGUAGACUUCAGCUUCGACUACCGUGCUGCCACUCAGUUCUGGCGGAGCAAGGUCUUGGAGGUGGCAAAGGACUUCCCGGAGUACACCUUUGCCAUCGCUGAUGAGGAGGAUUACGCCACAGAGGUGAAGGACCUGGGGCUCAGCGAGAGUGGUGAGGACAUCAACGCGGCCGUAUUGGAUGAGGGCGGGCGCAAGUUCACCAUGGAACCUGAGGAGUUCGACUCGGAUGCCCUUCGGGACUUCGUCACAGCUUUCAAAAAGGGAAAACUGAAGCCAGUUAUCAAAUCCCAGCCAGUCCCCAAGAACAACAAGGGGCCAGUCAAGGUGGUGGUGGGCAAGACCUUUGACACCAUCGUCAUGGACCCGAAGAAAGAUGUCCUCAUUGAGUUCUACGCACCCUGGUGCGGGCACUGCAAGCAGCUUGAGCCCAUCUAUACCAGCCUGGCCAAGAAGUACAAAGGCCAGAAGAGCCUGGUCAUCACCAAGAUGGAUGCCACUGCCAACGAUGUCCCCAGCGAGCACUAUAAGGUGGAGGGCUUCCCCACCAUCUACUUUGCCCCCAGCGGGGACAAAAAGAACCCGAUUAAAUUUGAGGGCGGGGACAGAGACCUGGAGCACCUGAGCAAGUUCGUAGAUGAACACAGCACAAAGUGGAGCAGGACCAAGGAGGAGCUUUGAGGCCUCGCUCUUCGGGACCAGAGGGCCACACACAGUGGCUGCAGGGCCGUGCCCAGGCCAUUGACUUAAUGUCAGUGGCUUGGCUUUUUUUUGUUUAUUUUUUUAUACUUUGGUAUGUCUCCUUGUGCUCUGAAUACUGAAUAGCCAUGAAUAACUAAGUGUAGGCCAGAUUUUUAUGGAGGAUACAUCAAUGUUUUAUCAUUUGGGGGUCUGUUGUUUUUUUUUUUAACUUUAAUAUUUCCUCAGAGCACCUAAAUUGAAUCUCUUCCAUGUGAGAAUUUUUUUAAUUUAAAGUUUAAAAAAACCUUUGCCAAAUCUCAUUGAGUUUGCCUUUUGUUUUACUGUUGUUGGAGGAACUGUUAGGGAAAUGUGACUGUUGGGGUUUUAGUUUGUAGUUUCUUCCCUUUGCUGGUGGCAGAGAGCUGUCCCCAGCACCUUCUUGGGGUGACCUUUCACCCCCACCUCACUGUACCACUGCUGGUUACAUUGCAGACCUUGGUGGGCCGUUUCCCAGCCAAGUUCCACUGCCAGUGUAGAAAUGACCUUGGACACAGACAUGGACACUUGCAAGUGGUGGGGAAGAUUAGAUAAGCUAUCAUAAUGGAAUAAAGUUUUGUGGCUUUUUUUGUU